GAUACAGACAGUUUGUUGGCUUUGCCAACACUCUUGAGAUAAAGUAUGCUAAACCUGAGAAUGCUGAGGAAUCCACAUUGCUUUUCAUAAAGUUUCCUUCCGUAUCUGAUGCUAAACUAGCAGCAGGACGAAUCAUUACUCGAGGUUCUUUGACAGUAAAAUUUAGGCCUGUGUUCUAUACCUUCCAGCAUGGCAAAGGACCGUAUGUGAAAACUAGUAGCAAAUUGACAGAUAUUUCAAUUUGCAAACUUGAGAAACCCUCAGAACUUCCUGGUGUACUUUCUUAUGAUGAGACUGAGAAUCUGCUGUGUGUUGAAAAGGAUGAAUUCCCAAACAUUCAGCAGAAUUGCCGGGGUAUUCUUGAUAGAGAAACGUUUCUUGUUUGGCCUCCAUGGGAAAAAUACAUGAUCGGACAGUUAUCAAUCCAAGAUGUUGGUGCUCAUAGAUUUGCUGAUAAUGAAGAAUUGAGGUACUCACUACGUUCUGUGUACAAAUUUGCACCUUGGGUAAGGAAUAUAUACAUUUUGACUAACGGACAGAUACCAAAUUGGCUCAAUGUGCAGCAUGAUCGAAUUAAGAUUGUUACCCACUCGGAGGUUUUUCAAAAUAAGUCCCACUUACCAACCUUUAGUUCUCCUUCUAUUGAAUCUAACAUGAAGAAUAUACCCGGCAUAUCAGAACACUUUCUCUACUUCAACGAUGAUGUGUUCCUAGGAAGAGCAGUGUAUCCAGAAGAUUUCAUUUCAACAGAGGGAUACAAAGUUUUCUUGGCCUGGAACAUUCCUAACUGUAACACAGGGUGUCCAGCUAACUGGUUAACGGACGGGUACUGUGAUCUAGCCUGUAAUGUGUCUGCUUGUAAUUUUGAUGGUGGUGAUUGUCAGUUAGGUUCCCCGGCUGUUGCAAGAUUGGCAAACAGUGUAAUUAAUGCAGUUCCUGGGGCCGCUUCGUUUGCUCAAAGUUAUUGUAAUCCUGGGUGCUCCCAAUCGUGGGUGGGAGAUAAGUACUGUGACCCAGCUUGCAAUGUGAACAAGUGUGGAUUUGAUGCGGGUGAUUGUGGAACCAAGGACAUAAAGUCAGAACUAUUCGAAGUGGCACUAAAAUCUAUUACAAAUAACACAAACAUUGACGUUCCAGCUGGUGUAAGUGCUAUGUAUUUUAACGUGAGUUUAGAGAAUGGAACUGUGGACACUGCCAGUUUUGAGUCUGAUGAUGAGGCUCUCGUUCGGACCUCAAUCUUAUCCUUACCACAUAAGAUUGUUUCAUUAACUGUAUUUCCAAACAAAACUGGGUCUGUUUCUGUAGCAUUUACUUUUAGCAAUCAUUCAUCAAAACCAUUGGGUUGA